AUGUGUGGAGUUUUAGGGAUAGCUCUAGCGGAUCAGUCCAACGGCGUGGCUCCUGAGCUGUUUGACGGGUGUCUUUUCCUGCAACAUAGGGGCCAAGACGCUGCCGGUAUUGCAACAUGUGGGCAGCGGGGAAGACUUUACCAAUGCAAGGGCAACGGGAUGGCCAGAGACGUUUUCACGCAACACCGGAUGGCUGGGCUAGUCGGGUCUAUGGGUAUUGCGCAUCUGCGGUACCCAACGGCCGGAUCGAGCGCCAAUUCGGAAGCGCAGCCGUUCUACGUCAACAGUCCCUACGGGAUUUGUCUGGGCCACAACGGUAACCUGGUGAACACUCUGUCCCUAAGAAGGUACAUGGACGAAGACGUCCACCGUCACAUCAACACAGACAGCGACUCCGAGCUGCUUUUGAAUCUGUUUGCGUCAGAACUUGAAAAGCACAACAAGUAUAGAGUCAACAACGAGGACAUUUUUCUAGCUCUAGAGGGUGUGUACAGACUCUGCCGCGGUGGGUACGCAUGUGUCGGAAUGCUGGCCGGUUUUGGUAUGAUAGGGUUUAGAGAUCCUAACGGUAUCAGACCUCUCCUUUUCGGCGAGAGAAGCUACCCUGACGGCACCAAAGACUACAUGCUAGCCUCCGAAAGUGUAGUAUUGAAGGCUAGCGGUUUCAACGUUUACCGGGACUUGGCACCAGGUGAAGCUGUCAUUAUCCCCAAAGAUUGCGGGAAAUCGGCGCCAGAAUUCAAGCAAGUUGUGCCCAUGAACUCAUACAGACCUGAUCUUUUCGAAUACGUUUAUUUUGCGAGACCCGACAGUGUCUUGGAUGGAAUUUCCGUAUACCACACCAGACUUCAAAUGGGUAUCAAGCUUGCGGAAAACAUUAUGAAAAACAUGGACCCCAAUGAGAUCGACGUUGUCGUCUCGGUGCCCGACACUGCGCGUACUUGUGCCCAAGAGUGUGCCAAUACGUUACAGAAGCCCUACCGUGAGGGUUUCGUUAAGAACAGAUACGUGGGAAGAACUUUUAUCAUGCCGAAUCAAAAAGAGCGUGUUUCCUCUGUAAGGAGGAAAUUGAACCCAAUGGAAUCGGAAUUGCGCGGGAAAAAAGUUUUAAUCGUGGAUGAUUCCAUUGUGCGUGGUACGACAUCCAAAGAGAUCAUCACGAUGGCCAAAGAAUCCGGUGCCCUCAAAGUGUUUUUCGCAUCUGCCGCUCCCGCGAUUAGAUUCAACCACAUUUACGGUAUUGAUCUCGCUGACACGAAGCAGCUGGUUGCCUAUAAUAAAAGCACAGAAGAAGUUGCCAAUGAACUAGGUUGCGAAAAAGUCAUUUACCAAUCCCUGAACGACUUGAUCGACUGUUGUAAAACUAACGAAAUCAGCAAGUUUGAAGUUGGUGUCUUCACCGGAAAUUACGUGACGGGCGUCGAAGACGGAUAUUUGCUUGAAUUAGAAAGGAUGCGCGCUUUAAAUAAGGCCAAACAGUGCGAUGCCAAGGCAGAAUUUGACAUAGGUCUCUACAACGCAGCCGACUAUUAG